AUGCCAAAACCACGGCACUUGCGGCGGCGAUCUCCCAUCACGCUCCCGCUUGACAACCUUUUCCCGCUUGGUGAUGCUUUGUGGAACUCGGGGCUGACACACCGCUUCAUUGACUGGCCGCCUUCGGAAACGGAAGCCAGGUUACGAAUUGUCCGUCCAGAAGGACAACCCGAAUCCGACGGAGAGGAGCAAGCCAACACCGGCCAACCUGCCCCCAUGCGGUUCGAUUGUCUCAGCCACCGAAGAGGAGCAAGAUACGACGCUACUGCGUACAUGCCAUACGACGCCAGCGGCGGAGGGUUACAACAAUACAACAAAACCACCCAUCUCGGCAAUGCGAAGGAUCCCCGGCACGUGGAGUUUCGCUACCUUCCCCCCACUCGGGCCUGGCGUCGUCCCAAAACCCCGUCCUUGACGUUACAAGCUGCCGUAUUUCCGGAUCUGACGAGCAGGCGUCGUGAUCUGUACCCCCACUCGAGAGACCCCUUUUUCGGAUCUCGUCCCUCAUUGACCCGACCAGUAGAUACCAUGUCGCUGUCGACCAAGCAACUCCUGGCCGCGAUAUGUUCAACUUUCCCCAUCUCCACCAUGUUGGAGCCCUUUGGAGGAACUGGUGUAAAAAUCAAGGUCACAACAAUGAGCAGGGGGAAGGUAAAAAAAACCGACACUGCGGCUCCAACGUCUCGAAACUCCGCAGUGGCCAAGACCGCGACUAUCCCCAUCACCCGCGCCAUUGAGAGGGCCACGUGA